UCCGCGCAGACCAGACCACGCAGAGCUCACAGCUGCUACCCCGGGCAGGCAGCAGGGAGUCAGGGACGGACACGGUUCCACAGUCCCACGCACAACUACAACUACUCUACCCCUCCAGCUUCCCUCCGCGGCCACCACCACAGCACAGAGCACCACUGCCCCGACGGCCGACCACCCUCCCGUCCCCCGCCGAGACUAAGCAGGCUCCGCCUCCGGGUGGGAUCGCCGAUGCCCAGCCAUGAGCCCUGCUGCGGCACCAUGUUCUGGGUCUUCCUCACCGCCUGCGUGGGGCUCGUCAUGUUCGCCGGCCUCAUGUCGGGCCUCACCCUGGGGCUCAUGUCGCUCAGCCUCGUCGACCUCGAGGUGCUUGCCAAGGCCGGCACACCAAAGGACAAGCUCAACGCCGCCAGGAUCCUCCCCGUCGUGAAGAACCAGCACCUGCUCCUCUGCACGCUCCUCAUCGGCAACUCGCUCGCCAUGGAGGCGCUGCCCAUAUUCCUCGACACGCUCGUGCCCUCCUUCGUCGCCGUCCUCAUCUCCGUCACGCUCAUCCUUGCGUUUGGCGAGAUCAUGCCGCAAGCCAUCUGCACGCGCUACGGCCUCAGCGUGGGGGCCAAGGCGGCGCCGGUGGUCCGGAUUCUUCUCAUCCUCUUCUUCCCCGUCGCCUACCCGAUCAGUAAGUUGUUGGACCGGCUGCUGGGAAAGGGCCAUUUUGCACUAAUGAGAAGAGCUGAGCUAAAGACGCUAGUUGAUAUGCACGGCAAUGAGGCUGGAAAAGGAGGAGAGCUGACUCAUGAUGAAACAACUAUCAUUACAGGAGCUCUGGAGCUAACUCAGAAGAUUGCAAAAGAUGCCAUGACUCCUAUAUCCGAAACAUUCUCACUUGACAUAAAUGCUAAGCUGGACCUGCAUACGAUGGGUACGAUAAUGACCAGAGGGCAUAGUCGUGUUCCUAUAUACUCAGGAAGUCCAAGCAAUAUCAUUGGGCUUAUAUUGGUAAAAAAUUUGAUUACUUGCCGAACUGAGGAUGAAGUGCCCAUUCGAAAUGUUACUAUUAGAAAAAUUCCAAGGGUGGCUGAUGAUCUUCCUCUCUAUGACAUUCUAAAUGAGUUCCAGAAAGGUCACAGCCACAUGGCUGUGGUAGUUAAACAAACAAAGGAAGCAGGAGCAUCCACUGAAAAGCAAAAGAGCACUGCUGCAGAUUAUAAAAUAAACCCCAAAGAUGCUCAUGCUGAUGGUUCAUCCCCUUCGUAUGUUAGCACUGCUGGAAUUCGUAGAAAUAACAUAGAGAAGUAUGGAGAUGGGCGCUCAUAUAAUAAGAAAUCAGAAAGGAAGCGGGAAAACAUUCUUGAUUUUAACACCGAUCCACUUCCAAGCUAUUCAAUGGAUGAGGAAGCAAUUGGAAUAAUCACGAUGGAAGAUGUCAUGGAAGAGUUGCUACAGGAAGAAAUCUUCGAUGAAACAGAUGAGUAUGUUGAUGUACAUAACAAGAUAAGGAUAAACAUGUUACCCCCAGUCAAAUCAUUGUCACCUGCUAUAUCUCCUGGUGGUGGACCCCUAUCUCAGGGGCUCAGGAAGACUCCUAUGGCAUCUCCGCGCUCACCAUACAACCAUGGCAGCUCUGUCUUCCGUUCCCCAGUUUGGAACCAUGGUCAGUCACCUGGGACUUUACCCACAAUACUUUCUCCAGGGCAAAGUUCACCAAAUUCAAGUCAGGAUUCAAGAAACUCCAAUGGUAAACAAAAAAAGGAUGGUGAGAGCUAACAUCCCAGAACGAAGGCCUUUAUUUCAGAUUAAGGUCUUGUCUCAAGAUGGCAUGAUAUCUAUUAUGACUUUACUAGAGUAGAACUAAGCUGCGAGUAUAGAAGCACAGCACUCUUUUAUGGAUAUUGGUCCUUUAUUUAUUGAUGAUGAUUGCUUGCCUGUACAUAUAUGCUUCAGCAUAUGGGCCUCGGUAUGGAGUAAUUCUCAAUAUGUAUUGUAGCAGUAUUCCUAAGGACUUGUUGGUUCCUCCCUUUUUUUCUUGUCGCCCAAAAGCGUGGGACUUCAUAUAUUUAACCAAACAUCACCUGGUUUUGCCACUUCU